AUGUGCACUGAGGGCCCCGGCGGCGCCGCUGGGCCCGCCCCCUUGCGCCCAUUGGCCGGCGUGCCGGCGGGCCCCGCCCCCUGCCCCGCCCCCUGGCUGGGCCCGGCCUGCCGAUGGCGGCUGGCGCUCCUGCUGGCCCUGCUGGCGUUCCCGGGCGUGGCCCGUGGCGCCCGCGUGUCCGCCAGCCUCAGCACCACGCACCACGUCCACCACUUCCACAACAAGCACGGCACCGUGCCCAUCGCCAUCAACCGCAUGCCCUUCCUCACGCGCGGGGGUCACGCUGGGACCACGUAUAUUUUCGGGAGAGGAGGAGCCCUCAUCACCUACACCUGGCCCCCCAACGACCGGCCGAGCACAAGGGCGGACCGGCUGGCGGUGGGGUUCAGCACACAGCUGAGAGAGGCCAUUCUGGUGCGGGUGGAGAGCGCCACGGGGCUGGGAGACUACCUGGAGCUGCACAUAGAACUGGGAAAGAUCGGCGUGAUCUUCAACGUGGGAACCGAUGACAUCGCCAUCGAGGAGCACGGGGUCAUGGUGAGCGACGGCAAAUAUCACGUGGUGCGCUUCACGCGCAGCGGAGGCAACGCCACGCUCCAGGUGGACAACCAGCCCGUCAUCGAGCGCUACCCAAUAGGGAACUAUGAUAAUGAACGCCUGGCUAUUGCUAGACAGAGAAUCCCAUACAGAAUUGGUCGGGUAGUUGACGAAUGGCUACUCGACAAAGGGAGACAGCUGACCAUCUUUAACAGUCAGGCGGCGAUAAAAAUCGGGGGUCAGGACAGGGGCCUGCCGUUCCAGGGCCAGAUCUCUGGGCUCUACUACAACGGGCUGCAGGUGCUCAAGCUGGCGGCCGAGGGGGACCCCAACGUGCAGGCGGUGGGGAACCUGCGGCUGGUGGGGGACGUCCCGUCCGUCCUCACCACGGAAACCACCUCCGCCACCCCGCUGGCCGACAUGUCCACCACCAUCAUGGAGACCACCACUACCAUGGCAACCACCACCACGCGCAAACAGCGAUCCCCCACCAUGCGGGACAGUGUCACACAGAACACGGACGACCUGCUGGUGGCCUCGGCCGAGUGCCCGACCGACGACGAGGACCUCGACGAGUGCGAGCCUGGAACAGGAGGUGAAUUAGUGUUGCCCAUAAUUACAGUGGACUCCCUAGACCCCCCGUCCAUCGCCACCCGUUACCCCGUAAUCCCCCCUCCCCCCACUUACCGCCCCUUCCUGACCCUGCUCGAGACCACCAAAGAGUCCCUGACGCUGGCCACUGCCCGCCCCCCCUGCCCCCUGGAUCAGGAGGACUGUGAGGACCCCAUCGAGGUGUCGGCUUUCGGGUCGGGGGAGAUGACCGAGUCCGACGACGAGGACUAUUACAAAAACUCCCCCCUCGACACCGACAGGACGGUCCUGCCCCCCCCGCCGGCGGUGGCGGCGGAGGGCGGGGCUCUGAACCCCCGCGGCGACCGUCACUUCUCCAGGCCUCCCCAGUCCCACCGCCCUUCCUCCUCCUCCUCCUCCUCCUCCUCCUCCACCCCGACCGCCAACCCCGACCAGCUCCCCCACCUAAAGCCGGGCGCCGGCGGCAACAUCCCCGCGGGCAAAAUGAACACCCGCGACCAGGUGCUGCUGCCGCCCGCCGCCCCCUCCCACGAGCCGGACCACGGGGGGCGGCACCGGCACGCGCCCGGCGUAACCUACCCACCCGAUUUCCGCAAUCUGCCCACAGCCAACCCCACGUCGCCGGGGGAGCGGGGCCCGCCGGGGGCGGUGGAGGUGAUCCCGGAGUCCAGCAGCACCACGGGCAUGGUGGUGGGCAUCGUGGCGGCCGCCGCCCUCUGCAUCCUCAUCCUCCUCUACGCCAUGUACAAGUACCGCAACCGCGACGAGGGCUCCUACCAGGUGGACCAGACGCGCAACUACAUCAGCAACUCGGCCUCGCAGAGCAACGGCGCCGUCGUCAAGGAGAAACCGCCGGGCACCGUCAAGACCACCACCAAGAACAAGAAGAACAAGGACAAGGAGUACUACGUCUGAGACCCACCAAAGGGGGUGGGGGUGGGGGGAGAGGAGGGAUGCAGGGUUUUUUUUGGGGGGUUUUUGAUUUUGAUUUUUAUUUUUGAGGGGGGGAUGGAUUUCAUUCCCGACUCAGCUCAACCUCAAGCCAUGUUUCAGGGUCUCCUGACAGCCAUUACCCCCUUCUUCUUCGAUGGACGAGGCUUUGGGACAGAGCAACCUUUUCGCCUGGAGCUCCUCCUGUCCUCCCCUCACGCCCUCCCUCCCCUCCUCAGUUGACUUCAGCGGAAAGAGAGAAUAGAGUGAAGUAGAGCAGAAUGCUUCUCAUUUUUUUCUUUCUUCUUGUCUAAUCAUCAGUGAAGAACAACUGAACUCUCGAUUCUUGCCGUCCAUUCCUUUUCCUUCAUCCUCAUCCCAUUAUCAUCUCCACUUGUAGCGUUUGGUUUGGUCUAUUUAAUUAUUAUCUUGGGGGCAGAAAAAAAGGUCCUUGCAGUGUUACAUUUUUGUACUACACUCGAGGUGACUGCUAAACGUCACCCUGGCUCUGCCUGAGCUCAGUAAUGGUUCGGUUGUGUGUUGAAGGAUUGAGCUCCGUGUGUGGGAGACCCUGGUAGUUUCAGCUUACACAGUGAGGGACAGUUCAGAGAAGAGACCACACUAGUGUACCACAGGGGGGUUCCUGAGUCUUCAGCGGGGCUGUUAAACGAGAGGCCGCUGGAGACAGGGGCCAACCCAGCGCAAGCCGAAGAGAAGGCAACCGUGGGCACUGCAGGCCGACAUAACAGGGUUAAAGCUGUGUGUGUAGCAUUGUGAAACCCCACCACCAGCUACACCUGUCUGCCUUCUCCUUCAAAUCCUGCCUCCCUCCAUCCUCCAUCUCUCCCUCUCUUUCUCUCUCUCUCAGUCUCUCUCCUACUCUCACUUUCUCUCUCUCUCUCUGACUCAUUGUCAUUCUCUCCCUUCCUCUCUGCUUGUUUUUUCUUCUCCCCACCAUGCUGGUCUCCAUCCUUUCUUUUUCUCUUCCUCCAUGGUGCUAAUGCAACAUUAUCCAGCCGCAGUUUCAAGCAUGUGGUGUUCAUUUACUGCAAGAGGGGGAACAAGCUGAACAUCGAGCGACCUGAAAACAGAUGUAGAACAAUGCAGCAGUAUGUUCAGCGACCGAAUUCUCCGCGCCAAACUGGUUGUUUUGGGGGCUAUUUUUGUUUGUCUCUCGUGAGCUUUGGGGAUCCAACAAUGUCGACCUGCCGCUGAGUCCAGCAGGAAGACUGGUCUGGACUUUCAGAGCAGAACUGUCGACAUUGAAAAAAACCUGCAACAGCAAAGCGAUUUGCUCUAUAUAAAUAUAUAUAUGUAAAUAUAUAUAGAACUUUCAGAAAUCUAUGGACUCCACAAAAAGAUUGCAAGGAAGUAGGACUGAAAAUAUAUGUGUGUUUGUAUCAGCUUAUUGACAAACAAACAUAAAAAGACUUCUGUCAGGCAAGGCCCCCCCUUCCUCCCCCCCCAUACAUCCAAAUACAGAAACAGACCCGCAAAGGCAGCAGCCAUAUUCUUGAGUACCUGCUGAUGAAGACAAAGAAUUAACGAAACAGGUUUUGGGGUCUUCCUUCUUUUUUUUGCCUUUUGCAAGUCAUUUUUUUGGGGGGAGCGAGCCUUAGGGCCAUCAGUGGGAGUACAGUUGUCUCGUGUUCAGACAUCGCCUCGUCGCCUCUUACUUCAGAGAGGUCACCAGAGGAACUUCCUGUGGAGAACAGGAAAUGGAAAUGUUUCCACCCAUCGUGAACAGAACUCUAGUAUUCCUAUUCUUUUCUUGACUACAUGAACUAAAACUGUUCCAUGACCAGAAGAAAAAGAAAAAAAAAACAUUAAAAAAAAAGUUUGUGAAAUGUCUAGAUAUUUGACCCUCACCCCCAUCAUUAAGAAUAGUGUUUUAUCCCCUGUUGCUACCCCCUGUUUGAGAAAAUAAGACGGUCAGACUGGGGAAAGGCAAUUUGUAUGUUCAUUUUUCGUAAUUGAAUGACGUGGUUUGGGUUUUAAAAAAUAAAUAAAUAAAUGACCAUAAAUGUUUUUCAUCUUCGGCGGCAUGAGAGGGGUUCUCUCCGCAACACCUCAUCAAAACUCCUGACACCAUCUGUGUCAUUUCUGUGAUGACUACUUCCGUUGCAUUUCCACGAGGACAUAACUGAUUGUAAGUAUGUGAAUCCAUUCCAGAGAAACCAACGGGGAGGCAGUUUCAUAUAUAUUUUUCCCUUUUGUUUCAGAUAUAUUUUUAAUGACAUUUAUUUAUACAGGAGUAAAAGCAGCCCAGUACUACAAGGGCAGCUGUGGUCAUCCGGUUUUUAAAUUUUGGUUCAUUGCUUUUUUUAAUCAUUUAUUUUUAUAUAUUUUAACAAACUGUGCAAAACAUUGGCUGCUCCCAGUAUAUUCCUGUUCUUAUUAAAUGUUACUGUAACUUGUUACCGUGAGAUGAAUCUAAUUAUGUGUACAUUAACAGAGGGUAAAUACAAUUGGUUAUAUACUUCUUACAUUCUGUGUGCUGUGGUUUCUUAAAGACAGUGUAGAUUGUCACCUAAAGUUUUUAAAAAUGUGGAAAUCAAUCCAUGCAUUUAGCCAAAAUUUACAUUCUGGUUACUGUGACUCCAGCUAUUUAAAUCAUUACAAUUGUAUUAGUUUUACUAGUUUUUGCAGAGCAAUGUCAAUAAAGUGAAACUGCCUUCCA